UAGUAGUAGAAAGUGUGUGUAUUUUUUUUCCCUCUCAUCCCAAAAUUCAUUCAAACCCUAAUCAUCAAUUUCCCCAAAUCAAAAACCCUAAUUAUUCUCCAUCAAAUUCCAGUUUCACUCAACUCUCAUUUCUUCUUUCUUUUUCAUUCAGAUGGAUAGUAGUAAUAGUAAUUUCCCAAAAAACCCCCAAAAUUCAGAAACCCUAAUUUCACGCCCAAAUAAAAUUGAUGUUCACGCUACUGCACACAAGUUGUUUGAUGAAAUAUCUCAACCUGAAGGAGAAAGUUUGAUGUCAGAACAAGUUCUUCCAGAAGAUUCUACUACUCACCAACCACAGUUGCUAUCUCCGUCUAUUACAGGUAACGGUGUUAAUAAUAAUAAUAACAAUAAUUAUAAUAACAAUGAAGAAGAAGAAGAAGAUGAGGAUUUUGAUGAUGAUAAUUUAAAUACUGAUGAUGAAACGGAGGCGUGGAUUUCGUGUAAUCAAAAUGAAUCGGUGGAGACUUAUAAACCGUUUCCGUCGGUUGCGUCGACUUCUUCCGGUUGGUAUGAAGACGUCUACGACAAGCCUUUUAUGGUGGGUGCAGGGCUGGCUAAUCUGGGGAAUACUUGCUUUUUCAAUGCAGUUUUGCAGUGCUUCACCCACUCUGUGUUACUUAUUCAGGGUCUUUAUCUGUACAGUCAUCCGACACCCUGCGAUUGUAGCAAUGAACGAUUCUGCUUGGUAUGUGCUUUGCGUGAACAUGUUGAACGUUCGUUAUCAUCAAAUGGAAGAAUUGUCUCUCCUUGGAAAUUUAUUGACAAUUUGAAUUAUUUUUCAUCAUCGUUUCAAAGAUAUCAACAGGAAGAUGCUCAUGAGUUCUUGCAGUGUUUUCUGGAUAGACUCGAUAGUUCUUUGAGUAAUUUAAAACUGAAGGAUGCUACUCUUCCAUCACAAAAUGACAAUCUAGUCAAGCAAGUAUUUGGAGGACGGGUUAUUAGCAAACUGAGGUGUUGCAACUGCAACCACAUAUCUGACACAUACGAGCCAUCAGUUGACCUUAGCUUGGAGAUUGAAGAUGCAAACAGUCUGUCAACUGCCCUUGAAUCAUUCACGAAAGUUGAACACAUCGAAGAUGAAGAGAUGAAGUUUACAUGUGACCAAUGUAAACAAAAGGUGUCUGUUGAGAAACAACUUAUGCUGGAUCAAACUCCUCCAAUCUUUGCUUUUCAUUUAAAAAGAUUCAAAAAUGAUGGCUCUUAUGUGGAAAAGAUAGAAAAACAUGUGGAGUUUCCUCUUGAGUUAGAUGUGCUGCCUUACACAUGUGGUAACCAGAAUGAUAGUGGGGAAUUAAAAUAUGAACUAUAUGCAGUUGUUGUACAUGUGGCCUAUACAUCUAGCUUUGGUCAUUAUUAUUGUUACAUUCGUUCUGCACCUGAUACAUGGUAUAAGUUUGAUGACUCAAAGGUUACCCGAGUUUCAGAAGCUGACGUGUUGUCUGAUCAAGCAUACAUUUUGUUCUAUGCAAAACAAGACACAACUUGGUUCUCAAAGUAUAUGGAAACAUAUAAACCUUCAUUGGAUUACUUAUCAAACACUUCCCCCAAAUCAGUACUGGAGAAUGUUGAUCCAUCAAAUAUUUGUUCUCAUGAUGUCAAUGCAUCUAGAGACCAUCCUUCUCAAUCUGAUGCUGUGGUGCCCCUCAAACCAAUCAUCAAUGUAAUCAAAACAUCCCCAUUAAACCUUAAAGAGUAUGGCUCUAACCACAGGCUUGAAGCUCAGAAGAGUGCAACUGUGACAUCCACAAGGGCUGACGAGAUUAGGGGUACUAAUCUCGAAGUUGGAUCAAAUGGGGGUUCUUCUACGCCUUUUCUAAAACCAAAUGAUUUGAAAACCAAAAUUGACAUUGAUCAAAUGCUUUCUCCAUCAACACCACCCAGAUCUCCUGGACUUAAUUUGUUAGACGAUGAGCCGUCAGGAGUGGUUUUUGCUGCAAAGCCUGAACAGUUGAAACUUGUGGAAAAAUCAUUCAAUAAGAGGCAAAGAAACAAGGAAGUUGAGGAUAAAUCAAGGAGCGAGGCGGUAAGACAAUGUAAAAGGAUGCCUGGUUCAAGGGGAAGCCAAUUCAUGGCUGUCAUUGAAGAGCCAUUAAAAAGUGCAGACUCGCUGAAAAAGAAAAGCAAGAAAAUGGCAUCACCUCCAAGAAAAAGCUAUAGCAAAUCAAACGAACGCUUUAAGCAUUAUGGCAAUGUAAUCAACCCUGCUUCAAGUUUUCGCUGAAGGUAACUUGUGGAUGUUUAAGUUAGUUUUUUUUGUUUGUGAAGGUUGUAACAUUUUAUCCUUUUUGUUACGAUAUAGCUCGGGUUUGAGCUACCUGGAUCCAAGUCCUGUUAGUAGGUGUCUGUUACCUUAGAGAUGUUAAUGUUAGAUUCUUUUUGUGAAUUGGUAAAAUGAGGUUAUUGUAUGUGCAAAACAAACGUAAGUAUAAACCUGCACACUGCCGUAGUUGAUAUAAAAAAGACGCGCUUGACUUCA